AUGCCCCUAUUUGAAGAAACCAACCAACCCAAUAAUCAAAAUCAGUCAACUCAGUCGUCGGCUAAUAAUCAAAAUCAACAGUCUACUGAAGCUAAGCAACGAACUAAUCAGUCGGAAACUAAAUCCAGUCUCCUGACCAUUAUCGGUCAAUUACUCCCGUUAGCCCCCUUGGCUUUUGAACAGUUUACCGGACAAAAAGUACCCGCUAUGACUGGCACCAUGGCCGAAAUGCAAAGUGCUUUAAUUCAGAUUCAAACCAACCUGCAAGCCAUUGUUCAGAAUCAACAAACUCUCACAAGAAAACCCUUUACUAAAGAUAAUCGCAAUCCACUCCUAACUGCUCGCCGGGAAGAAAUCCUCUACCGGGAAGAUAUCAAAACCUCGUUUGGCUAUGCCAUUGCUGGUCUGACUAUCUCACUGGCAAUAGCGGGUGGCGUCUAUGUCAUUGCACUUGAAAAUCUUACGUCGACUGAUGACCAACUUAUUUGGUCUUAG